GACUGUGACUCUACAUUCCUAACAGAAUGUUUUAUUUCGACAUCAUGUUCAAGUUAAAAGUACCGUAAUAAUAAUAUAUUAAUAUGUGACAUUCUAAUUUUUACUAAGUUUAAUUAAUUUAUUUACAAACGCAAUGUCCGCACAUUUUAAACAAGUCUAAAAGUCGAUCGAACACACAAAAGCGAUGGGUACGGAAGAAAUGUCGACAAAAGUGCUGGAUUUGUAUGAUUUCUUAGUGGAAGCCGAAUUGCAACAUUAUUACACGGCUAUCAAAUCCGAGCUAAAAGUCCAAAACGUAUCCCAACUAAAAUAUGCAACAGAUGAAGACUUAAGACUUCUCGGGUGCUCCAGACCAGAGAUCAGACGACUCAGAAAAUUCUACGACAGGCACUACCCCAAUGGAUAUCUCAGUAAAAUUAAAAGACUUCUGCACGCACCUAACAAAAAAGACGAUCCUGGACAGUUAUCAACGGUUUGUGAGGAGAGAUCCAACUCAAUAUCGAGAAGUUCAACAAUAUCGAAUAAUAGCAAUUCGAGUACACCAGGAUCUAAGCAUAUAAUUCCUGCAGAAAGUAUUAAUGUUCAUAAGCAACUCGGCAUUGGUGAAUUUGGUGUGGUGCAGCAGGGAGUUUGGAAAAAUAAUGGAGAAAAUAUUCAAGUAGCUAUAAAAUGUCUAUCAAGGGAACGUAUGCAAUCACAUCCUAUGGAAUUUUUAAAAGAGGCAGCAAUUAUGCACUCGGUCGAAAAUGCUCACAUUGUACGUCUGUAUGGUGUUGUUUUGGAUACAGACGCCUUAAUGCUGGUUACCGAGUUGGCACCACUUCGGUCACUUUUGGAAUGUUUGAAGGAACCAGCAUUGAGGUCUAGUUUUACAAUAUCUACUUUGUGUGAAUUUGCAUCGCAGAUUUGUCUUGGGAUGAAUUAUUUAGAGAACAAAAGACUUAUACACAGGGAUCUUGCAGCCAGAAAUAUUUUGGUGUUUUCAAAAUACAAAGUCAAGAUUUCUGAUUUUGGCUUGAGUCGAGCCUUAGGAGUUGGAAAAGACUAUUAUCAAAAAUUUAAUGUUAAUUUAAAAUUACCAAUAGCAUGGUGUGCUCCAGAGUGUAUAAGUUAUUUAAGGUUUACAUCAGCCUCCGAUGUCUGGGCUUAUGCGGUUACACUCUGGGAAAUGUUCUCUUAUGGAUUUCAACCGUGGGCAGCACUCACUGGACAUCAGAUAUUACAAGCCAUCGAUGAACCAAAUUAUCAGCGUUUAGAGCAACCAGAAUGCUGCCCCAAAGAAUAUUACUCCCUGAUGAUGAAAUGCUGGCAGCACGAUCCUCUCGACAGACCGAGUUUUGCAGAAAUUCUAUCCUAUUUACCAGAAUGCAAACCUGAAAGAGUCCAGGCUAUCGUAAACACUGUAUCUAAUCUGAACGUGAACUGCAAUAUGGGGAUGCUUGGAGACAUGAAGAGCAAUCAGAACAGACUUCAGUAUCGGGCUGGGGAUAUUAUCACUGUCUUGGACAAAGUUACUCAUUCUCCGUUAUGGAGAGGUGUUCUGGACAGCAGUGGACGUGGAGGCCUUUUCGACCCUGCGACUACUGUUACAUAUGUUGGACCUUUGCCGAAUUCAGGAAAUCUUGCGGUUGAACCCUGGAAUGUAGAAGUAACCGUGAUUGGUUCAACGGAAAAGAGAUAA